CGAAUGACCCUGUGGGGUUUGAGUGUGUAGAGCGAAUCGGCGGCUGCAUAACUCACAAAGUACCGGCACUCAGUGUUUUGAUCUACAACUGAGGUCGAUUUUCGCAAGGCGAAGAAUGGUGAUGAAUAAUUUAAACAAGAAACACUUCGGCACAGUUAAGUCACCACCCUGAUCAGGUGUACCGGAUCAAGGGUUGUUUGUGGAGCUAGUUCACACAAUGACAUUUUUGUGUUGCACUGGGCCACUAUCUCAGGAAGAGGAAAACAGCAGAAAAGCCAAACACAUUUCACGUUUAAUCGGUAGACAACUGAAAAAAUCUUACAAGAAUGAAUCAAAGUGUCUGAAACUACUACUUCUGGGUACGGGAGAAUCGGGAAAAUCCACAGUACUGAAACAGAUGAAGAUAAUUCACAUCAAUGGAUACACAGUUCGGGAAAAACUGGAAUUUGUCCUUCCCGUUCACAAGAACAUACAUGAUGCGAUGCUGUCCCUCUUGGGGGGAAUGCGCUUACUUGGAGAAGAGUUUCAGAAUCCCGAAAACGCAGUACUUGCUCAGCAGUUGUUAGAUGGCUCCAUUGCGGAACCUCAUGGAUACUCACAAGCUUUUUUUGAUACAGUCGAGCAACUUUGGAAGGAUCAAAAUAUUCAGAAGGUAUUUGCCAAAGCCAACGAAUACCAACUACUGGAUUCUGCGAAGUACUUCCUGGAUCGCAUUCCUUUUAUUCGUGCAAAAGACUACAUACCUUCGGAUCAGGACAUACUCCGGUGUCGUACAAUGACUGACGGCGUCAAUGAAGUUUGCUUCAGUAUCAACACCGGCCAAAAGAACGCUGUGACAUUCCGUGUGUUUGACGUAAGCGGUCAGCGUGGAGCACGGAAGAAGUGGAUUCAAUUAUUCGAUAACGUCACCGCCAUCUUGUUUUUGGUCGACACCAGUAGUUUUGACCAGAUGUUGCGGGAAGACCAUCAACAAAAUCGUUUGGUUGACUCGUUGGAAGUUUUUGAACAGGCAUGGAGUAACAAGUAUUUGAAAUCAGUUCCAAUGAUUGUAUUUCUUAAUAAGAUAGACGUGCUGGACGAAAAAAUUCGUCUCGGACGACGCAUCUCUCGACUGCACUCAUUCGUCGCCAACUGGCACGAUAUGAACGAAAUUCGUCGAAUGCACGUAUCCCAUUCAUCUAUGAAUGAGUCAACGGGAAAUUCCGAGAGUGCACUCCACGAAUCACUUCUCAGCUGCUACUCACAAACCUCCACUGCAGAUGUCACAGUAUUCCAGUCGACCUAUCCCCACUUGGUCUCUUCUAGUCCUCUUCGGAAAAUCGAUGAGAACGUUACUGUCAAUGUGGCUGCCCCAACAUUCUUGACGCAGCCCAUGGAGCAUUCUUCAUCAAACAACUGCUCUGAAGCUAAACAUAAACGAACAUCACCGAACUCCACGGGACAAUGGAGAAGAAAUUCUUUCACAAGAGCUUUCAGUCACCUUAACCCGAGUAACCACAGCCGAAGAUUUCGACGGAGUUUUCGACAGGCUAAUUUUAUCCCAUUUAGUCCAUCACAGGCUUCCUGUGGUCAGAACAGUAGACUCUCAUGUAUAGCUACCGUGGCUAAAGUUAUACUUGAGUCCCCUUACCAUAGAUUCUAUCCUUCAGCGAAGGAACAGAAGGAAUUUCAAAGGUCUAUUCAAUAUAUUGAACACAAUACAAGUGUUUUAAAUGGAGAAGAUGGUCUAUUGGAACUGCGUCCUCCACAUCCAGAAACCAUCAGAACAGCAUGCUAUAUUAAACACCUCCUAAACAAUUUGACGAAAGUUCCUGUUCUGCCAAAGUCAGAGCAAACGAUGCGCCGCCAGUGUCUUUUUUACUACACUUGCGCAGUGGAUACGGACAGUAUCCGAAACGUUUUGGAAGGUUGCCACAGGUUUCUACUCGAAGACCACCUCGAACGAUAUGGUCUUCUUUGAAACAAUUCACCACGAAAGCGCCUUCAUUCACAACGGAAACCUUAUUUUUUAAUGCUUAUCUCAGACGUGGGUGGCAUCCAUUAUUCUGCACUCCUUUCUUUUGUAUUUACGACAAAAACAUUAGAAAGACAGAUGUCUUUUGUACAACAAAUGUACCCCUGUAACUACUUACAAGUAAGUGGACGCUUCGAGUUCCCUUGCUUCCGAAAUACAAACUGACAACCAACG